AUGGGCGUUGCAAUCACUCCGGCCGACCGCAUUACCCUUAUCAAGAGGAUCAGUCCAGUGCGCCAUGAGCCGCAUAUUCUGAUCUGUCCAUCAGGCUUCAAGGAAAGUCUGCAGCCCGGACAGGUCGCAGAUUGCAUCGAGGAAGGAAUUCUGAGAGCUCAACCAAAAAGCAUUAUCAAGAAAGCUCCCAUGGUUGAUGGUGGUGAAGGCUUUACCGAAGCUCUGGUGGCAUCGACGGGCGGAGAGAUUCGUCGUCUGGAAGUUACUGGGCCUGUCCGAGAGCCUGUUCCAUCGCACUAUGGGUUCCUUGGAGGGGUAUCGACCAAGACCGCGGUGGUGGAAAUGGCGGCAGCAGCAGGACUCAGUCUGGUCCCACGAGGCCGGCGCAAUCCGCUUUACACGACCACAUUCGGCGUUGGCCAGUUGAUCAAGGCCGCUCUGGAUGACGGUGCUGAACAUAUCCUUGUCGGGUGCGGUGACUCUGGCACAUGCGAUGGCGGUAUCGGGAUGGCUCAGGCCCUAGGAGCGCGGUUCUUCUCAAGAGAUGGUGAAGAAAUUCUUCAAGCACUCGGUGGUGCUUCCUUGACAGAUCUGGCGAAAGUCGAUCUUUCAGGCCUCCAUCCACGACUCCAGCAUGUCAAAAUCGACGUCGCUUGUAACUGGCACAAUUUGCUGUGUGGUCCCAAAGGCGUUGCUCGUGUCUUCGGUCCUCAGAAGGGAGCUACUCCAGAUGAAGUCGACCAGCUCUCCGCAGCAAUGGAUGCUGUCGCGCGAGUCGUUAGCAGCGUCAAAGGCAGAGACAUCUCCUUCCAACCUGGAAUGGGAGCGUCAGGCGGUAUGGGUGCCGGGCUGCAGCUCAUCGGUGCGACCCUCCACCCGCGCUUCGACAUCAUCACCAAAUUCCUCAACAUCAACGAUCUUGUUCGCGACUGCGACCUGGUCAUCACAGCCGAGGGCGGUAUUGACGAGCAGACCCCCAAAGGCAAGAUUCCAGGAGAAGUCGCUCGUCUCGCCAAGAUUCGAGGUGUCCCCGUCAUCGCUCUUGCCGGGACUGUGGGUGUUGGAGCGGAGGUCAACUAUGCGGCAGGCAUCGACGCAUAUGCUUCGAUCCUCCAGGGCCCGGUCACUUUGCAGAUGGCGAUUGCGCAGGCAGAGAGGCUUCUGACAGAGGCUUCCGAGGGCGUGAUGCGGAUGGUGAUGGUGGGUUGGUCCUUGAAAAAGGCCAUUGCACCGACCGCUGGGAAGGUCAAGGGCGGAUCGGAGAUUCAGCUGAUGGUCAGGCGCGCGAAGACCUUUGGAUAUUGA